AUGUCUCUCUUGGCUCCCAUCAUCUGCGACAAUGGGACCGGGUACUCGAAAGUCGGAUUCGCAGGCAACUCCGACCCCUCAUUUGUGUUUCCUACCGCGAUUGCGACGCGAGGCCCCGUCCAACAGGCAUCACGAUCAGGGCCAGCUGUUCCACCACGACCAGGUCAUCUCGCGUCCAAGCGCGGAGUAGAGGACCUCGACUUCUUCAUCGGCGACGAGGCACUUGCGAACGCGCAGACGCCAGGCUACGGCGUGUACUACCCUAUCCGCCAUGGUCAGAUCGAGAAUUGGGAUCAUAUGGAGCGUUACUGGGAACAGACGAUCUUCAAGUACCUCCGGGCAGAGCCUGAGGACCAUUACUUCCUCUUGACCGAACCUCCACUUAACCCACCCGAGAAUCGUGAGCAGACCGCCGAGAUCUUCUUCGAGUCGUUCAACAUCAAGGGUCUCUACAUCGCCGUGCAGGCUGUGCUCGCGCUCGCGGCCUCCUGGACGUCCAGCCGCGUGAACGAGCGCACGCUUACCGGCACGGUCAUCGACUCCGGCGAUGGUGUCACGCACGUCAUCCCCUGCGCAGAGGGCUACGUUAUCGGCAGCGCGAUCAAGCACAUCCCCAUCGCCGGCCGCGACAUCUCGCAGUUCGUGCUGAACCUGAUGCGCGAGCGCGGCGAGAUGGCAGCGGUCCCGCCGGAGGACCAGCUGAAGGUCGCAGGCAAGGUGAAGGAGAACUUCAGCUAUGUGUGCCAGGAUAUCGUCAGGGAGUUCAGGAAGUAUGAUGAGGAGCCGUACAAGUACUUUGAACGGUAUGACGGUGAGCAUACGGUCACCGGCAGAAAAUACUCCGUCGACGUUGGCUACGAGCGGUUCCUGGCUCCCGAGAUCUUCUUCAACCCCGAAAUCUACUCAUCCGACUUCCUGACCCCUCUGCCCGAGAUCGUCGACAACGUCGUCCAGCAGUCGCCCAUUGAUGUCCGGCGUGGUCUCUACAAGAACAUCGUGCUCUCCGGAGGAUCGACAAUGUUCCAGCACUUCGGUCAGCGUCUCAAGCGUGAUAUCAAGCAAAUAGUCGACCGCAGGCUAGAUGCUAGCGUGCUUGCCAGCGGAAGCCACGUCAAGUCGUCCGGUGUGGAAGUAGAUGUCAUCUCCCACAAGCGCCAACGGUACGCCGUCUGGUUCGGUGGAUCCCUGCUCGCGUCUCUGCCGGAGUUCUACAACUUCUGCCAUACGAAAGCGCAAUACGACGAGGUCGGCCCAAGCAUCUGCAGGCGAUACCAAAUCUUCGGGAGCGCGACAUAG